CUUAUCUCCGAAAUAUAAAAGUCGAUCUAAUAUAUAUGAGAUGAUCACUGAGUGUGGUACAUUGCUCUCCAAAUAAAUAUGGCAGAAGUCACGUUUGAGGGAGAAUUGGAAAGUUUGACGCCACUCCAAAAAGAAUUUGUAAGCGAAGUCUUGCAAAACAGAGGACUUAAAGCUAACAGAGUAAUUAUAGAAACACUAGGACAAGCUGGAGACAACUAUGUCGCAAACGUCAAGAAAAUUACAGCAGAAUUAGAAAAUGCAGAGUUAUUCACAAUGGUCGCAAAGGUCGCCCCCACUAACACAAUUUUAAGGGCUACAAUGGGUACAGCAAUGGUUUUUGGAAACGAAUGUGCUAUGUACAAUGAAAUUUUAGCUAGAUUUCGGGAUUUACAAUAUGAGACUGGUUUGACAGAAGAAGAGUCCUUUCGAUUCCCUGAAUGUUAUGGAACACUGUCAGAGCCUAUGAAUGAAAUCAUACUUUUGGAGGAUUUGAAACAAUCGAACUAUGUUAUGAUGGAUCGGUUUACACCUUUGACUAACGAUAGUGUGAAGGAGGUGCUAAAAAGUUUCGCAAAAUUACACGCCGUAUCAUUCGCAUUGAAGAAAAAAGAUCCUGACACAUUCGAGUCCUAUCAUGGAAAGCUGCAAGAUUUAUUUUCUGUGUUAUCUGCAAAUCCAGAAUUUCGGGCCUUUUUAACUGGCAUUGAAAUGGACAUGAUUUCAACGCUGGAUAGUGACAGUUAUAAGAAAGCUGUUAAAAACAGUGUCUCCAAACUACCGGAGCAGACUGCAAAGACACUCAAGUUUGACCGUAAUUCAAGAUAUUCUGUUGUUACACAUGGUGAUAGUUGGACCAACAACUUGAUGUUCCGUUUGGAGGACAACAAUCCAGUGCAUGCAAUUUUGAUCGACUAUCAAAUAUCUAAGAUUGCCAGCCCGGCUUGUGAUCUGCUAUACAUGAUAUUCAGUUCUACAGAUCAUAGCACAAGGCACCAACAUUUUUAUGAAUGGAUAGACUUUUAUCAUUCUGAAUUAGACAGUAGUCUAUCUAACUUUGGUUUGAAAGCCAAUCAUUUGUAUCCAAGGGAUCAACUCGAUGCAGAUUUGCGAAGAUAUUCCAGAGCUUAUUUCUCUUCGUCAAUUUUACUUUUUACAGUGUUGAUAAGAAAAACAGAAGAUGCUGCUAAAAUUAAAGAAUCGAUGGAAUUAAAUGCUAAUUUUAAAAAAAGUAGAGCAGACAUGUUGGGCGCUCUAGAUCCAGAAACUUUGGCUUUAUUUAAAAACAAGAUAGAAGGGUUGGUUGAGAGUUAUCGUGAAUUUGGAUACAUAGAAUAAAAAUAAACAAUGAUAAAGAUUCUAUGCCCAUGGACAAAUAGGAAUAAAUUUGAAAAGUUUUUUUUUAUUCCGUAAUAAUCAAAUAAAAAAAUGGUAUUAUUA